AUGUUUCGGGAUGAAAGCCAACAGGUUGUACGAAAAGCGAAGACCGGUUCAUCUGGUCGCCGCUCAAAGAAGAAACAACCCGCUGCUGCUGUCCCCAAGAAAUCUCCACCCGUGUCCGAGUCACACAGCAGCAGCAGCCCCGAGGCCUCGUCUGCCGGGAAGGCGAGCCCGUCGACAACGUCGAUACAGUCGCCGUCGGGGAAUACGAGUACUGACAUCUCCGAAUAUAACGACAUCGAUGAAGUGCAGCUGAUCAACGGUGACCAACUGCAAGCGCAAGACCUCACAUAUCAACCCUGGAAGGUACAACCUUCGUGGAAACUGACUGUAGAUGAAGCUAUCAACUACUUCCUUCGGCAUAAUGUAUGGCCUGGGGAGAUUUUUAUGGUGAAUUUCGAACUCAAAUCCCCGGGCCACCCGAGCGCGACCCCGAGCGAACAAGCGCAAGUGGCCGCGCUUGUGUCUGUGGGGACGGCUAUGCUCUCGCGUGUGCGACGAUCAAAAGAACUGGAGCUUGCUGCUGAGCGGGAGUAUGGCCAUGCACUUACACUUUUGACGCGAGCCGUUUGUAAUGAAAAGGAAUCCAAAGCCAAUCAAACACUGUCAGCAGUUUUGCUAUUGGCUAUUUUUGAGGUUAUCACGAGCCGUUCUAUAAUGAGUAUUGAAAAAUGGACGAACCACAUUAAAGGGGCAGCCGCGUUACUUGAAUUGCGGGGUCCAGAACACCUUCAGAGUGAAGAAGGGCUCAAGCUCUUCGUCCAAUUAAGAUUUCAGAUUAUCACCAGCUGCCUUCAAAGAGGAAUGGUAGUGCCAGAAUCGCUCCUGGAAUGUACCAAGAUUGCGAUGUAUCUACGGCCACAAAUUGACGCUUACUGCGAUCGCUUAAUAUGUAUAGCCGGAAGACUCUCCAACCUGCGGGCAGGUAUCAUCCAUUCAAAGACCCUGACUGACGCAAACGAAACGUUGUCCGCCGCAUACGCUGUGGAAGCAGAGUUGUUGGCAUGGGUAGCGGCGGGUCCGCCCGAUUUCUUAUAUAAAACGUACGACUGCUCGUCGGUCGAGGAAUGGGUCAAGAUGUUUGGUUACAAACCCUUCCCAUAUAACAAGCAAUACCACGUAUAUCGCGACCUAUGGAUUUGUCACACGUGGAAUCAAUACCGCUGCGCGCGGAUCAUUGUUUGCGAAAUCAUCCUUAGCUGUCUCCGUCGACUCUCCGCUGCCUCCCCCACAAUGGCGAUGUCCAAAGAGCUCCAGAACCACUGCGCCCGAAUCCGCAAUGUUACACGUGAGCUGGCAAGUGACAUCUGUGCCAGUGCUGCGUACCACCUCGGUGUGGAGGGUGCUCCGGGAUCCGCAUUCACUGUCCCCACCAAUUACUGCUAUGUCGGUGGAAUGCUCCUUCUGUGGCCCUUGACGCUUGCCGGGGGCACAGAGCCAAUCGAUCACCCACUCCGUGUGUGGAUCCGGAAUUGUCUGCGGCUCAUCGGGCACAGCAUUGGUAUUGACCAAGCCUUGGCUCUUAUUGAUGUUUUAGAAUCGGAAGCUGGAGUGUUUGAAGGCAUGGAGGAGACCGAGGACGGAGUGAUCUUCCGGGUCUCAGGCGAUGCGAGCGCCUAUAAUCGGAUAUUGAUUGGAACGUGGAACAUUUAA